UAAAAUAAAAAAGAAGAAAUGAGCACGGUAAGGCCUUUAUAACUCUUCCAAAAUCGCCCCUCAAAUCUCUUCCAAAAUCGACAUAUCUUCUAAAACCCUAAACCUCGUCACAGUAAGGCUCUGAGCUCCCAAAACUCAACAGUGGUCUUCAAACUAAGAGUAGCAACAUUUUAAAGAGCAAAGAUGGCCAAGCCAAAUCCCAAGGUCUUUUUCGACAUAUUGAUUGGAAAGUCAAAAGCUGGGCGAGUUGUUAUGGAGCUUUUUGCAGAUGUUACUCCCAAAACUGCUGACAACUUCCGCGCUCUGUGCACUGGAGAGAAGGGACUUGGAAAACUUGGGAAGCCUCUCCACUACAAGGGAUCAGCAUUUCACAGAAUCAUUCCAAACUUUAUGUGCCAAGGUGGGGAUUUCACCAGGGGUAAUGGAACUGGAGGAGAAUCUAUUUAUGGGUCGAAGUUUGAUGAUGAGAAUUUCAAGUUGAAGCAUACAGGACCUGGUAUCCUCUCCAUGGCUAAUUCGGGACCCAAUACUAAUGGCUCGCAGUUCUUUAUCUGCACUGCGAAGACAUCUUGGUUGGAUGGGAAGCAUGUGGUUUUCGGUAAAGUAGUCGAUGGUUAUAAUGUGGUUGAACAGAUGGAAGGAGUAGGCACUGAAAGUGGAAGGACUACUACAUCAGUGGUCAUAGAAGACUGUGGUCAGCUACCUGAUUGUUAGUUGAGCAGAAGACAUCAAAAGAGCUUGAGGAAAUAAAUGUGCUUAGCAUUAUUCUAAAGCAUGUGCUUCUAGAUACAAGGAAUUUGGUUCUGGAUAUAUGUAUGUACUUGCAUUACAGUGCUAGCUUUUUAUGGCUCUGUUUCAGGAAUAGAUGAACUUUGCAGACUGAUUAAGAUUAUAAAUGGAAUUUUUCCAAAUUGUGCUUUUA